AUGCCAGCUUCAGAUUCCUUGACCAUCAAACCAAGAUUACUUUGUAAAAGAAACAAUUAUGAAAUUUAUGGUAAGGUAACCAAAACCUCGUAUAUUAUAGCAAAUACCAAUAUUGUUCCAAUUAAGCUUUUACAAAAACUGUAUAAUACUUUUCCGGAAAGUAUUAUCGUAUUUGAGCAGGAAUGUUUUAAAGUCAUGAGGUGUGAGUUCAUAUUAAACGCAAGCUGUUGUAUUAAAAUUAUUAAUGAUUAUAAAAUCUUCCAAAAACAAUCUACUUCCAAUAAUAUAUUACUAGUAGAUGAUGAACUAAAUGAUUUAUGUAUAAAGUACAAAACUGUAUUUAUUAUUUUAACAUCUAAUUUGGAAAUACAUGAUAACAAUUUGUGGAAAUGUCAAAUCUUGUUGAAGAGCAGAUGGCCAAUAACUAAAUUGAAAGUCGCAGUUUCAACACCAGACUAUGAAGAUAUUGCGUCAUCAAUUUUACAAAUUGUUGGCUUUGUCACAUGCAUCAUUAGUGAUAGAGAAAACGACUGCAAGGGUAUUAUUAACUUGGAUUGUACAGGUAGCAUUGACGAGUUAAUACUUAUAGAAUUAGGAUUAAACAAUUUUCAAGUCAAAAACGUUUUAAGAGAGUUUAAAUCUGCAUAUGACUUUAUUAAUUGUUCAAAAUCAACAAAAUUACGUAUAUUAGAUGGUAAUCUGGCACAAGUUGAUAGCUUGUGUAAACUUUUGAGUAGUGACUUCCCCCAAGUGAGGGCAUUAUGA